UCCCGAACGCUUUACUGGCGCCCGAACGCGUCGCGAGUGCUUAUCGAGUGAUGUCGACUUGUGACUAGUGCCAUGAUCGUUCACUGUGCCCUCCUGGCGGCGCUGCUCGCCUCAGCCGCGGCCGCUUGGCAGGAAAACGUCCGCCCGAAGGUCUUCGCACAGCUAGGGAUAGACGACACGCACAAAUUCCUCGGAAAUGAAACACACACGGACUUCUUCAGAUUGCUCUUGCGAGAUGGGAAUUAUCUUCUCGUUGGAGGAAGGAACGUGGUGUAUAACCUCAGUCUGACUGACCUCACAGAGCAACGACGACUCGUGUGGUAUUCAUCAGAGAGUGACGUCCAAAUGUGUGUCGUCAAGGGGAAGGACGAGGAAAGUUGUCAGAAUUAUAUUCGAGUGCUAGUAUCCCUGGGAUCGGGGAGGCUACUUAUCUGUGGGACCAACAGCUUCAAGCCCGUAUGCCGGGAGUAUGGCGUCCAAAGAGACACAUAUCAUAUGGAAAAAGAAAAACCGGGGCAGGCAGUCUGCCCCUAUGACCCUGAACACAACUCUACCGCUGUAUAUGCAGAUGCGGAGCUGUAUUCAGGCACGGUGGCAGACUUUAGUGGCAUGGAGCCCAUAAUAUACCGCGAACCACUUCAGACUGAGCCUUACGACUCUAUGACAUUAAACGCCCCCGAUUUCGUGAAUUCGUUAGUACAUGGCAAUUUCGUGUACUUUUUCUUUCGGGAAACAGCGGUGGAAUAUAUCAACUGUGGAAAGUCUGUGUUCUCCCGCGUGGCGCGCGUGUGCCGCGACGACCGAGGGGGGCCACACCGCUUCAAGCAACGCUGGACUUCCUUCCUCAAGUCGCGACUCAAUUGUUCCGUCGCUGGCGACUUCCCCUUCUAUUUUAACGAGAUUCAAUCCACGACAGAACUGAUAGAAGGUGUUUACGGUGGUCUGAACGCACAGUUGAUUUACGGUACAUUCACGACGCCGCCCAACAGCAUAUCCGGUAGUGCGGUGUGCGCUUUCAGUAUGCAAGACAUAGCUGAUACCUUCGAAGGAACCUUCAAGGAGCAGAGUGCUAUCAACUCCAACUGGUUGCCUGUUAAUAGUGCCAAGGUACCAGAGCCCAGACCAGGCACCUGUCACAACGACUCCAGGCAGUUGCCGGAUCAAACGUUGAACUUCAUCAAAACGCAUGCGCUAAUGGACGAAUCAGUGCCAGCGUUCUUUGGCGAACCGAUCGUUAUUCGAACCAGCUUUCACUACCGAUUUACACAGAUCGCUGUAGAUCCACAAGUGAAAACACCAGGAGGCAAAGCCUAUGAUGUUUUGUUUAUUGGCACAGAUAAUGGCAAAAUAAUAAAAGCGAUAAACGCAGUGUCAUACGACACGAACAAACGCGCGGCGCCCGUAGUCAUCGAAGAGCUGCAGGCCUUCGGAGCGGGUUCCCCGGUUCGAGCUCUGAGAGUGGCCAGGGCUGGACGAGAUGCGGCUAGACUUAUUGCAGUGUCAGAUAAGGAAGUCCUAAGUUUGAGACUGCAUCGAUGCUCCAGUGACAAGAUUAGUUCUUGCUCAGAGUGCGUGGCCCUACAAGACCCAUACUGUGCGUGGGACAAGCAGGCAGGGCGGUGUCGCGCAUACUCACACGGCGUCAGCCGCUGGCUCGACGAGAAUUCCUUCUACCAGAGUGUCAGCACUGGCAGUCACGCUGCCUGUCCUCAUAGUAAGGACGCGGGGGCGGUUGGUGGACUCAGUUCGGGACUGUAUGAUGAUGCAAGAGAGAACAAAGGAGAAGUCAUAAAUAUUGUGCAGGACAAAGAUGGGAAAGGCAGUAACAAUAAUAACGAAGGCCCAGAGGUCUUAGCAGCAGAUCCACCUCCAGCAGCAUAUUCCGUAGAGACUUUGGCGUUAGCAGUGGCAGCGGGGGCACUAGCAGCACUCGGAGCUGGAUUUGCAGCAGGUUAUAUCUGUGGAAGACGCUGCAAGAAGGACGACGACGACAACAUGCCCUACCCCGACACAGAAUAUGAGUAUUUUGAGCAGAGGCAGAAUAUUAAUAGGAUCCAAGCGGAGCCCAAGCUGCUCCAGCAAGUAGAGGAGGUGACGUACGCGGAGCCGGUGCUGGCUCCUCAGCCCAAGCCCGCCUCGCCCCGGGCCACGCUGCGCAAACACCCGCCCUACCACCCCCACCACGAGACCCUCUUCCAGUUCCAGCCGGACACCUACCGCCGGGACAACUUCGGAACCCUGCGCUCGCAUCAGGUCAAUGGCGAUGGGUACCGGCGGGGCAACGACAACGGUUUCUCGACAACGCGUUCAGUGAAAAAGGUGUAUCUCUGAGAAACAAGCGGGGCGGACACGCGCGACCAAUUGCAUCAUCAUAAGCAUAAUGCGCACCAUCACCACACUUUGGUGUCGCAGCGCAGCAGCGGUUCGGGCAGCGUGACCGGCAGCGGAUCGUCGUCGUCUCCGUCACCGCCGUCGUCUUCGCCGUCACCUUCAGGUGAAAGGCCCCCCACGCCCCCGCCCCCCGCACCCCAAGCCUGCGCCUAUAUCUACCGCAACUAGCCGCCCCGCCCCUGAAGACAUUCGGUGCGUUGUUAUCGAUUGUGAAUGUGAUUGUUUUCGCCCGAGAGACUCGUCCCGGUGCGACGUUGUUAUUCCGACUUGUUGUUGAUGGACGAGGAACUUUGAUUGUUCUAUGUGAUUUAUCGGCGGUUUCGUCCGAUUGCCUGUCAUCGGCGACCGACCGAGGCCCACUUCUGUAACGGGAUCGAACUUAAAUUUGUCGAACCGGUUAUCGCUAUGGAUUCAUUGUUGACGGCAUCCAUAGUCAUCGAGACUACGAUGUGACUUGUGAGACGUUCAAGAAUACGGGCCUUUUAAUCAUUCCAAAGGUUCUUAUCAUUCAGACGUGUCUCGGAGUGUAUUUUUUUUAAUAAUAAGUAUCGGAAGUACGGUGGCUGACCUUGUAGAUCGUUUAGAAAGCAUAGUUUACUGAUCAUUUAGGUAAAUUAUAAGUUGUGUUGGUAACAUGUUGCUACAUGGUUAGUACGACACGUUGCAAGUUUUCUCAUAUUUUCUCCAUUCGAGGAACGUGCAAUUCACGAGUCGCUUUUUUAACUACUUUAUAGUGAAAAGUUAAAGAUCUACAAUGUCGCUGAGAGUCGAGAGGAAAAUUGACUUAGAAAUGCUUAAGUCCUUCUUAAACGGCUUAAUAAACGUACAGAUUCAUUUUAAAUGUCGACCUUAAAUGGUUGAAUUAUUGAUAAGAAUUAUAAAGUUUCAAUUUUCUUUUUAAUAUCAUGAGUUUUAUUAAUGUCCUCAUUGGGAUAUCAUUUAACUUAACAACACCAAUGUUGUAUUGCUUUUGAAAUUAGAUGAAAUAAUGCCCAAAAGUAAUUACUCAAUAACCAUCCGAUAAGAGUAUGGCAGGAUAGCAUUUAUCAUUCUUACCUGAUAUUUUUGGUCAAAUAUAAUAAGAUUGACCACUAAACUGCAGUCUUGUAACAUAAAAAAUCGCUGAUUUACUUUCAUUAUUUAAAUUCCAAUCGUGAUACAGCGUGGGAACAGAUGUUGUUAGAUUUGCAAAAAGGAACUGCCAACAUCAUUGCAACGAAAAUGUUAUAAUAUUUUUUUAGUGUUGCCAAGUUAUACACGGUUGACACAGAGUGAACUCAACACAAAAUGCAAAUAUAUACCUUGUACAAAUAAUUAAAAGUCCUGAUAAUCGUUCGUAAUUAAAGUGCUUCUUAUGGAUGUAUCUAGAUAUAGAAUAGAAACGUUUUGACUAUUCGGUAAUGUUAUAGUUAUAGUCAUAUGCAUAGUCUAGGGCGACGCGUCGAGCUCGCGAUUUAGAUUGUUGGUACGUCAUUUUGUAAAUUAACAAUCACUAUGAUCGAUCGAUCCAUGUACAUACAUUCUAUGACGUUACAGGGCCUUUAGCCAAGUGAACUUUUUCGCAGGCGUGAAAAAAAUUUAGAUGGAGUUGUCAAAUGCUCACGUUUUCCGCUAAGGCGUACGCUGGCGGCAAAAGGCACUUGUCUAAGAGCACAGGUUAAGACACGCCGCCAUUUUGUUACAAAUUGACACGAAAUGUCGACGCAUAACCUAACUUAUAAAAUAUACGAUUCUAAAUGUUAACCAUAAAUGUGGGCCAAACGUUUUAAUUUCAUUUUCAUGACGUUCCUGUUGCUGUUUUAUAGUUAAAGAACUUAAGCUUUCGACACUGCGUAGUGAUAGUGUCACUUCACUGAUUGUUGACAAUUGAUUGUAUGUAAAAAAAAGUCAAUUCUAUUUGUAAUGAUCUAGUGCCUAAGUGUGUGUGGCAGGAUAGUUCCGUUUUCGCGUGGAAAACUGAUCUAAAGGCAUGGCAUGACCUACUUACAACCAAUUUCAUUUUCUCACUAAUUUAAAUAACGAAAAUUCUAUAACGUUAUAAAUAAGAUAUCAUGUGGGUGGUGUAUACCCAUCCUUUAUAAGAACAUGAUUGAGUUAUAAUAUAAAACCGCUCUACGUUUUGUCGGUUCGCUUUGCUUUUUUCCAUUGUACGCAGGUAAACAUGCCCUUAGGUCCUUGUAAAUAAUGGUGCAUUACGAUGACAUGAUAUUCGUUUGAACUGAUUUAGUACGAGUUGUAGAGUAGACACACAAUAGACUACCAAUUAACGUAUCACUAUGGGCAUACACAAACUAUUGAAAUCUUUAUUGUGCAAAAGUUUGUGCUCGCCUCGAGUGUUCUUCGAUUUAGUUCGUAGAGCGAAAGAUACAAUCGUUUUUAAAUAUCUAUAAAAUCUAGUUAAUUGGUCUCGAAGCUAAAUAGCUAAAUCGAAGCGUUAUUUGGGCUUGUUAAAAUUAAUGUGCCCGUUAAGAAAGUGAGAUGGCAUUCUAAAACCUUAAUAUUCUAAUAAUACAAUACUCAUGUGUAAUACGUUUACAUACCAAAGACGCCGUUUUAAGAUAUAAUAAUUUAUUUCUAGUGUUAGGUAAUUAUGUAUUUACUUAAAUAUUACUUUACAAUUAUCGAUAUAAACUGCCAAUUUUCAUAUUUAAUAUUAUUAAUUAAACGCACAGUAAAUUUUGUUUCUAAUAUACAAAAGUUGCUAUUAUUAUGAUAUUGGCGUUACACGAGACAAAUUUCUCUGAAUUUUAAAAGCGUACAAUCAAGUAGAAGACCUGUUAUAUGCUUGCUUUUUUAAAAUUCCAAGAAAUUUUGAAAUUGUACUAAUUAUGUUAAGCUGUUUAAUUUAAAUGUAUAUAGAAAGAUCUUUAAUGUAAUUUGGUCAAGAAAUUAGUACUAAGCAUUAGAGUUAAGCGCAAAAUUUUGAAAAAAAAAAGGAUUGUUAAGAGUUGUUUUGUAAUAAAUGAUGAAAUGUACAAUAACCAUUUCUAUGUUCAGAUAACUGAACCACCUUUUUAUACUCGUAAAACAUGAACAUGCCUAGAAAUCUUAUAUAGAUAUAACGUAAGCGUAAAUUAUUUAUUGAUUAUCGGAAAUUAUAUUAGAAAUUAUCAUACGUACGUAGACAUAGACCGCUUCAUUUUGUUCGAGACUCGAAGCCUUAGUGUUAGAAAUUGAAGACUUUUAUUAUACCUAAAUAAAUUGUAAUUACAGAGGAUUACAUUUUGAAGAAUCCGACUUAUUAACUUAAUCAUAAGAUAUAGCGCGUUUACAUCACAUUUAUCUCAAACUAACCAUCACUUGUAUCAUAUAUAAUUAUAUUUUAUGACAUACAUUUUUCAUUAGACUGAAAUCUACGGUGAUUUGGUAGUUGUUUUGCAAAUUCUCAUUAUCGUCUAACAAUACCAGUAUUUUUAUUAUUUUUAAAGACAUAAUUACACGUAAUACUUGCUGAAAAUUAAGAUUUUUAUUUAAAAAAAGCUGUCAAAUCGCCGUUAGUCGUUUGUUUUUUCGUGUCGUGUGCAAUAUUUUUCUACUUCAGUCGUAAAAAAAAGCAUUGUGAAUAAAUCUUUGGGAACUCAGUACUAUAAAGUGCCUAAAUAAUUUUCAUUGCAAAUGUAGACUACCCACACUCCCGGACUCCGUACAGCUUUAGUCAGGUUUUUUAGCGUGCCUUUAGCCAUAACUAGUUACCGACUGUUUGAGAUAACGAUUUAAUAUUAUGAUCACAAUAAAACAGAAUAGAGAAAGUCAUUCGAACAUUGUGAUUAUUAAUUAUAAAAUGGUUAUCGCGAACAAUGUGAGAUAAUUUACUUAAUAUUGUAAUUUAUAUUAAGUUUUUAAUAAUUGCUAAUUUCGUAAGUAUCCUACGUUUAGGUUCGGUUUGCAUUUUGGUCCCUCUACAUAGUGUCUUGCGUACAAAAUACUUUCAUCUGUUUGCGCGUGCGCAAGACAAAAUGUAGUCAAAGCCUUAGACACUCCAUAGGUUAAGUAGGAGUUUAUAAUGCAAAAAGCAAAGGCAGUGAAUAGACUGUUACACCAUAUUCGCUGCUCAUAUUUAUAGAGUGCAAUUUUUUAUAACUAGAAACAAAUAGAUAAACAUUGAUCAGCGAAAUACAAUUUUUCUGCCUAACAGUGAACAAAUUUUGUAUUUUUCUCGUCAUUGUUUGAGAUGUUAUGAUC